CUGAAAAAUUCACUAUAAAUAUAAAAGCUUCACCACUGGCCAGAGAAGCGGACAUAAUCUCUCGAAGCUCAGCGUCUCAGGUAGAUUUUAGCUUCAGGAUGAUAUUCGAAAACACAGGCUACACUGUGGUAGGCUGCCUGCUUGCCAUUCUCGUGUACAUUGUCGUCAGAUUCACUCAGAAAGUAGACGAAGCUAAGCGUAUAUAUGGCAACGAUUCCGAGCUUUGCAAGGCUGGAGACUACAUGUGGAAGCUUGACGGGGAGUACAACUACACCAUCAUCAACGGUGUGAUCUUUGCGGAGGAGGCGACGUUGGAGGAUGUGCAGGAGAUGUUUCUCAAAGCCGUCAAUGCAGAGCACUACCGCAAGUUUAAGCAGCGGCUGAUUAUGUUUCAGCGCAUACCCAUGUGGAUUACGGACGAGGACUUUGACCAUAAAUGGCACAUCAGCAAAGAGACACAUGCCGUUCCUACUAACGAUGACGAGUUGGAUUUAUGGCUGGCAAGGCAGGCUGUAGAAGCCCUUCCCAUCGACAGACCUAUGUGGCAGGUGAAGAUUGUGGAGAACUACAAGACUAACGCCGACGGCAAGGGUGAGACAGUGGUCCUAUUCCGCUGCCACCACGUCAUAGCCGACGGCAUCGCCCUGGGCACCAUGCUGUUCAAUCUGCUCAACAACGAGAAGGAGGCCAAGAAGCUGCUGGGAGGGGCGUCUCUGACCUCGGAGAUGAAGCUGAAGGCGGAUGAGAGUUCGUCCAAGGUCAACAAGCAGAAGGUGGCCAAUCCCUGGCUGGUGAAUGCGUACGGCCUGCUCAUGCUUCUGCCCAUAAUGGGUGGGCUGCUGUUACAACGGACUGACACCAAUAUGUUCCACGUUAAGCCCAAUCGCGGCGUGGAGGGCAAGCGCACGGUGGGUCGUAGCGGUAGUUAUCCGCUGGAGAAGGUCAAGCUCAUCAAGACCAAGCUGAAGAUGACCGUCAAUGAUGUGCUCAUGGGUGUACUGGGUGCUGCGAUCAAUCGAACCACGACGCGCUUAAAUAAAGGUCCGUGUCCCACGGAAGUUAAGGUGGUCAUGCCGGUUAACAUGCGCACAGGCACAGGCGUUCCUAAGAUGGAAAACGAUCUGACCAUGCCCGUUAUUCCCAUCCCCACACGAUCUGCUGACCCGGUGGCGACCUGCAAAGAGAUGAAAGUCAUUCUGGAUGGUAUUAAGAAGUCCGUCACGCCUUUGGUGAUGUAUCAUGCUCAAACAACCAUGGCGGCUAUCCUCCCCAGUUUUUUGACAUCUUUUAUCCUUGACUUCGUAGCCAACAAGCACACUGCGGUGGUCAGUAAUGGGCCAGGUAGCCAGAUGUAUAUUGGCACGAAGAAGGUCAGCAACAUGGUGUUUUGGGUCCCCCAGAGAGCAAAUAUGGCCAUGGGGUUCUCCAUCAUGACCAUGGGAGGCAAACUGACACUUGGUUGCAUAUUGGACACCUCACUUGGCCCACAUGCUGAUGUAUUGUGCGAAGAGUAUAUGAAGACGCUUAAGGAUCUAGAAUCGUCUGUUCUUAAUUAG